GCUUAGGAGACCAGCGCCUGUAUCCAACAUGUCUGCGCCCUGAGACAGCAGACGGCGGCGUGAAGGUUUAAGACGUCAAACAAACAGUGGAUGGAUUCACUACUGGUUUGAAGUAAAUCGACCAGAAUGUCUAAGAUCUCCAAGGCAGCGAAGGCGGUGAAGAAGCUGGAUACAGGUGGCAUUAUCAGGACGAUUGUCAGGUCAGGACAAGCGGCCCCGGGACCCCCACUUGGACCUAUUCUGGGACAGAGAGGAAUCCCCAUUGGGCAAUUCUGCAAAGACUUCAAUGAGAAGACCAAAGAGCUAAAGGAGGGUAUCCCUCUUCCAAUCAAGAUCCAUGUGAAGCCUGACCGAACCUAUGAUCUGAAGAUUGGACAGCCAACUGUGUCGUACUUCCUCAAACAGGCUGCGGGCAUCUCAAAAGGAGCGGCAAAAACAGGCCACGAGACAGCGGGAAUGGUGUCUGUGAAAGCCAUUUAUGAGAUUGCACAGGUCAAAGCCCAAGAUGAAUGCUUCAAAAUGAGAAAUGCUUCACUGGAAAAUGUAGUAAAAUCCAUCGUAGGCUCGGCGCGCUCCCUUGGCAUCAAAGUUGUUAAUGACCUGUCUGCUGAGGAAUACAAAGUUUUCUUGGAGCAAAGGGAGGAGAAACUUAAAGCUGAUGCUGCUGAAGCCGCUGCUGCAGCUGCCGCCGAAUCUGCUACAGGAAAAAAGAAAUGAUUCUGUCCCAUUCCUAUUUAUUAUUGUUUCUGAGCUACAUCAAGACUGUAAUUUCCCUCAAAGCCCACUGUAUGUGUCAGAUGUUAAUAAAAGAUUAUGCUGUUUUUCACUUUG